AUCCCACUCUGCAUCCGGACCCUCUCCAAACCUGGCUUUCGUACCGGCCUGUCUUCCCCCGGAUCCCGUGGAAGUCGAGAAGCUGCAGCACUUUGUCUCUAAGGCCAGGAGGCUCUUUGUGGUGACGGGGGCUGGCGUCUCGACGGAGUCGGGGAUCCCGGAUUACCGCUCGGAGGGCGUGGGGCUCUACGCCCGGACGGACCGGCGCCCGCUCCAGCACGCCCACUUCAUCCGCAGCGCCAGCGCCCGCCAGCGCUACUGGGCGAGGAACUUCGUGGGCUGGCCCCAGUUCUCCUCUCACCAGCCAAACACAGCACACCUGGUACUGAGAGACUGGGAGAAGGUGGGGAAGCUGCACUGGCUGGUGACCCAGAACGUGGAUGCCCUGCACAGCAAAGCCGGGAGCCGGCGGGUGACGGAGCUGCACGGCUGCACGCACAGGGUUUUCUGCCUGGCCUGUGGAGACCAAAUCUUGCGCUCUGAGCUUCAGAAGCACUUUGAAGCUCUGAACCCUGCCUGGAAAGCUGAAGCAUUUGGUGUGGCUCCAGAUGGGGAUGUCUUCCUGACGGACGAGCAGGUGCGCCAUUUCCAGGUCCCAGCCUGCCAGAAAUGUGGUGGGAUCCUGAAGCCUGACGUAACAUUCUUUGGAGACACAGUGAGCCGGGAAAAAGUGAAUUUUGUGCACCAGCGCCUAGCGGAAUCAGACUCCAUGCUGGUGGCAGGAUCCUCUAUGCAGGUAUACUCCGGUUACAGGUUUGCUCUUGCUGCCCGGGAGAGGCAGCUGCCAAUUGCCAUUGUUAACAUUGGGCCCACGAGGUUAGAUCACUUUGCAUCCCUAAAACUGCAUUCCCGCUGUGGAGAGCUGCUGCCUUUGAUUGUUGUGCACGACCCAACGAGCUGA